UCACAUUGAUCUGUCAAGUUGCUUUCGGGUAUUCAGCAGAAAAAUUGCGUUAGAAUACACACUCGUAUUCCGGUUAUUUGCUUAUCCGCCAGCUGUGGAUGGGCAAUUAUUGUUAUUAUUACAGAAUAUCGUCGUGGUGUGUGUACGAGCGAAAGUUCAAAAUCAUCGUCGCGUUAAGUGUUGCGAAUUUGUGGUGAGUCGUGAAUAAAAAAAACUUGGUGUCUUCGCCUUUGUGUUAUUUUAUCCGUGACAGAAUCAUUUUUCACGCCAACUGAGGAAGGAAAAUUACUGUCCGAUUUACGCUGGGAAAGCGAAAGAAAGUAUAGACUGAAAGUGUUUUUAUUGAAAGAUCGUCGUUAUUGGUGUAUUGGAGGAUUCGUCGAAUUAGCGCAGUAAGCUGUGUAAAUUAGUCAUCGCUUUUUUCUCGAUACCAGAAAAAUCAAGAAGUUUCUGCGCACCACUGGAUACACUCGCAAGAAAAUGAAUAUUGCAUAAUUCAGAAGGAGUAGUUUGAAAACGUGAACAGCUAAAGAACAAGGCAAGGUGUAUCGCAGAUAGGAAUAAGUGAAAAAUUUUCUUCGUCGUAAAGGACAGAAGAAGUCGGAACACAGAAGGAAAGCGCAUUUUGCAGUGGCAAACUACGCCUCAUCGCCAAGAAAGUGGAGAACCGUGAUCAGAGCAAGCUUCCAUUUUGCUAUUUUGCCUUCUCGCGUUUGACAGAUCGGCGACACACGGCAGAAGCAGCUUAGUGGAACGUCAAAGAUUUUACAUCCAAAGUGGAAAAAGCUCCCGAGCGGAGAAUCUACAUUUCAUCAUCUCCAUAGAAUCGGCAAACAAUCGUCGACGAGCUGGGAUUUCUUCCGAGUGCGGACGGGGGCUUAAACGCCGCUAUGGACUACGACAAAAACGUCGAAGCAAUGGAUACGCAGGACGAUACCGAGUUAGAUGCCCCAAACCUACAUAACCUCACCCAGCAAGUGGUAAACAAUCCGGCAAACGGUGGCGGAGGUGGUACCCUCGCGGCUGGUCCCGAACAGAUGAACAUGGAUGAUCAGGACAAUCUGGACGACGAAGUGCGCUCGGAGGUAACCUUUAGCUUUAAGGUGGAGAACUUGAGCAAGCUGACCGAUUCAGUGCUGUCCCCUGCGUACAAUGUACGGAACCUGCCUUGGAAAAUCAUGGCAAUGAGGCGAACCAAUGACAGCACUUCACCGCCGAGCAAGGGUCUUGGCUUUUUCUUACAGUGCAACGGUGAAAGCGACAGUACAAACUGGAGCUGCUCCGCGUCGGCAGAACUGAGGUUGCUCUCAGUUGAACCCGGAAAGGACCCAUUUGUUCGAAAGAUUCGUCACACAUUUAGCCGAAUCGAAAACGAUUGGGGUUUCUCAUUCUUCAUGAACUGGCACGAUAUUCUCAACCCGGAAAACGGUUACAUUCAAAACGAUGCCAUCACACUAGAAGUACAUGUGACGGCUGAGCCUCCAAGAGGUAUUUUCUGGGAUUCGAAGAAACACACCGGCUAUGUAGGAUUAAAAAAUCAAGGAGCUACCUGUUAUAUGAACUCGUUGCUGCAAACCCUUUAUUUUACAAAUCAACUGCGUAAGGCAGUUUACAAAAUGCCAACCGAGGCUGACGACGACUGCAAAUCGGUCGCCCUAGCCUUGCAACGAGUUUUUCAUGACCUGCAAACUCAGAGUAAGCCUGUUGGUACAAAAAAGUUGACCAAAAGUUUCGGCUGGGAUGCCCUCGAUUCGUUCAUGCAGCACGACGUCCAAGAGUUCCUUCGCGUCCUACUCGAUAAGCUGGAGAACAAGAUGAAGGGGACAAGCCUCGAAGGGACCAUUCCGAAGCUGUUCGAGGGUAAGAUGAUCUCGUACAUCAAGUGUCAGAACGUGGAUUACACAAGUCGUCGUACGGAAACAUUUUACGACAUUCAACUCAACAUUAAGGGAAAGAAAAAUAUCAAUGAAUCGUUUAAGGAUUACAUCGCUACGGAGAUACUGGACGACGACAACAAGUACGAUGCCGGAGAGCACGGGUUGCAGAAGGCCGAAAAAGGAAUCUUCUUCAGCAAGUUCCCGCCAGUGUUGCAUCUGCAUCUGAUGCGCUUCCAGUACGAUCCGAUCACGGACAGCUCGGUGAAGUUCAACGAUCGGUUCGAGUUCGACGAGAAGAUCAAUCUGGAUCCGUUCCUGGAAAAACCGGAGGAUACCCCGGCGACGUACAUCCUGCACGCGGUGCUGGUUCACUCGGGCGACAAUCACGGCGGACACUACGUGGUGUACAUCAAUCCGAAAAACGACGGCAAGUGGUGCAAGUUCGACGACGAUGUCGUGUCCCGGUGCUCCCGGAACGAGGCCAUCGAGCAGAACUACGGCGGACAGUAUAACGAUUUGACCAUCCGGCACAGCAGCAACGCGUACAUGUUGGUGUACGUGCGUGAAUCGGUAAUCCAUGAGGUGUUGGAGGAGGUCAAAAGCACCGACAUCUCGGACGAGCUGCAGGAACGGUUGGACGAACAGCGCCGUAUCCAGCAGUGCCGCCGGACCGAGCGUACCGAGGCGACCAACUACAUGAACAUCAACGUGCUGCUGGAGGACCACAUGGAGGUGUACCAGAAGUCGGAUCUAUUCGAUCCGGCGACGACCACGUUCCGGACGUUCAAGGUGCGCAAAACGACCACCAUAGCGGAGAUGGCGAGUUUGUUCUCGAAAACGUUCAAGGUGGAACCGGAUAAGAUGCGCAUGUGGACGGUCACGAAGAAUGGUUCGAAGAUACACAAGUUCCAGCUGAUCGAUCCGAACGCGAACGAGACCUGCAGUAAGUAUGGCCAUCCGGAUCCAAAGAAUUCGUGGACCAUUUUCCUGGAACUAGCCUCGCCGGACACCAAUCAGCUGCAGCCGAUGGAGGCCAGCGAUCUGUUGAUAUUUUUCAAGUGCUACGAUCCGAUCGAGAAACGGCUGAACUACUGCGGGCAUGGGUUUUUCAAAACGUACCGGUUUCUUUCGGACGAAGGUUUCCAGAAUGAGUGUAUCAGGCGGGCACAUUUCGAACCGGACACGGAGAUCACUCUGUACGAAGUGACCGACAUCAACAAGGCUGCCAAGAUGCAGGACUUCUUUGCGAUUGAGUCAGCGCUUUCGAUGGCUGUUAAUGGUUCGAUUAUCAUUAUCGAGAAAAGAAUUCCGGGCGUGGAAAAUCUGGAGUUCCCAACCUGCGAGGAAUAUCUGAAAGACUUGUACUGCCGGGUGGAGGUGGUGUUUGUCGAUACGUUGAACCCAAAUGACACCGGGUUCACACUGGAUCUGUCUUCGGAAUCCAACUACGAUCAGAUCGCGAAAGCGUGCGGCCGGCGGAUUAAUUGUAACCCAUAUGAAAUUCAGUUCUUCAAGUGUAAGAACUUCUGCGAAAUCCCCGGCCAGCCACUGCCGUACAACUAUCCCGGCACGUUGAAGGACAUAAUGUGUUACACGAAGGCGAAGGCGGUGAAAAAAAUGUUCUAUCAAAAGCUGUCCAUCUGUAUCAAUGAACUGGAAAAUAAGAAACAGUUCCGCUGCCUUUAUCUGAUGCCGAACCUGAAAGAGGAAAAGGAACUGAUACUGUACCCGAACAAGGACGGCACAGUGAAUAACCUUCUUGCGGAAGCGGCCAAAGUGAUUGAAUUCAGUGAGAACAGUACCAAAAUCCUGAGAAUAUCAGAACUGUCUAAAAAUCGGCUCACACUAGGACCUCCCAAGGACACUCCGCUUGAUCAGCUCCACGAGUACACGGACAAUACGUUCGUGCAGCGAACAGCCAUCAGCAGUCAGAAGAUGUACCGGAUCGAGGAGGUGGCCGAGGAUGAGUUGAACCUGACGGAGAAUGAAAUGCUCGUUCCGGUACUGCAUUUCACCAAGGAUAUUGGUAGCAUUUUUGGGAUUCCCUUCUUCAUACGAACGGUGGAUCGCGAAACCUUUGCCUCCCUGAAGGAACGCAUGAAGAAGAAGUUGAACGUUUCGGACAAGGAAUGGGAAAAAUACAAGCUAGCCAUUAUCACCGAACACAUCGAUUACAUCGACGAUGAGAUGAUCGAGAUCAAUCUGGAGAUGUUUAGGAUGGAUCCAAACGAGCCAAGUUCUCGAACUUUCCUGGGGCUGGAACACAUAAACAAAAAUACCAAGCGAAGCAGGUUCAACUACAUGGAAAAAGCGAUCAAAAUUUACAAUUAAGAUUCCUGUUUUUUUUCCUUUCCUUUCCCCUCCCCAAUUAAACGCAUCCUUUCCUUCUGCCACCAAUGCUCGUUUGUAUGAUCAAUCUGCGAUACGUCGAUUGUUGUCACCCGUAGAGGUCGCUUGUGUUCCCUUUCUCCACCUCCGCAGUAGCCAAGGAACCACUACGACGGAACAGAGGAAACAAUUUUUAUUGCUAGUAGUUUUAAUCAAUUAUUUAAUUGUGACAUAAAAGAAGCAGAAAUAAAACAAAACAACAAAUGUCUGUCCAGACCGACACCUAGCAAAGAAACAUAGGCGCGCACUCACGUGAGAAUGGCAGAAUAAAAACAAAACCUGAAUAAAACGCAACGUAACGAAAAUCGACAAGAUUAAAAAGUAAAAGAAAAACUGUUAUUAAUUUUUUUAACUGAAGUUUUUUUUUAUACCAACAAGUUUAAGAUGAGAAUAAGGUUUAUAAAUCGAGAAACUCAAUUAGUAGUUAUCAAUUGCAAACUUUCCACAGGAUCCAGUAUAGUGAAGCGGUUUCCCGCGGAAAGAAGGGAAGAAAUUUAUUUUUGUAAGCUUUUAUGUUCGACGAUGACGUUUUUGAUCACGAUGACGCUUGCUUCCUCCUAUCAUCCCGGAGCACUGCUGCACCCGGUUUUUGCUCUUUUUCUCAUUCUUUCGUUCUAUAUCCUGCUGUUUUGCUCUGUUGCACCCCGGAUGAAUCGUUCUAACUGUAUCCAUCGGAACAAAAACAAAUCGGUCGUGAAAGAAAAAAAAGGCAAAAGAACAGUGAAUGCAAAAUCGAUUAUUUAUAUUUAAAUAUUAAAACAAUGAACAGAAAGGUUAAACAAUUAAGACUAUAGUUAUUAAGCCGCUAACUGCAAGAGUACAUAAUAACUACAAGCUCGGCUAGUAAAUCCAAGAAAAAAAAAUUAUAUAUAUAUACAUAGAAGCUGACCGUGGGCCUGAACAAUAUUUAGCAACACAACCUGGAAGCUGGAAGCGUAUGCCGUUUUAAUUUUACCAUUUUUGUCACCACUCAGUCAAGUAAGCAAAACGAAAAAUCAUUGCACUCCUCUGCUCUUGGGCGAAGUAGCAAAACUAAGAAGAAGAAGAAAAAACUCGAAGCCAGUGUAUCGCAGGCAGUUUUACGAUAUCAUCGGAGGGUAGUUACGGAACUGAACAGGAUCUAAACAGAAUGCAAUUCUCUAGCAAGGCAAGUGCACAUUAGAAACCAACCAUAUAACCGAUAGCCGGUGGCAGAGCACGCGGUGUUAGAGCGGGAAUGGGCGGAUUGGGCGUUAGUUCGAGGCACCACAAUCACCCGUACAUGAGCGCGCGCCUCGGUCAUAGCAAGAUGUGAAAACAGUAUAACAUUAACAACAUAAUUGAAAAGAAAAAAAACAAGAAAAUACUUCAAGAAAGAGUGACGAGAGUUGUUGAGAGUAAGAGAUAGAGGAUGGAUGGAGCUAAUUGUAAUAAAACAGUAAAAAUUAUAAAAAAUGGAAAAACAAUAAAAAAAUGUUCGAAAAAUCAA